UGAUAGUUUGAUAGAGCAAAGGACCGAAAGUUUUUCACCCAAAUGCAGUAAUAAAAAAAUUACUGGAAGUGAAAGAAGCUGCAAGUUACUGAAAAGCCUGUGGUGGUAGCCAAGCAAGGGAAUCUUUGAUUCUAUCCAAAAGGAAAAUAUAAAGAAGAAAAGAUAUGGCAGAGUCUGUUGAAGAGUCUGAUGAUGCUCGAGGGCAGUACGAUUUCAAAUCCUCUUAUAUAUUGGUUGCUAUUGAUACCCACUCUUCAAUGUUCACAUCCGAGGGCCAACCUACUCCCUUCAAGAAUUGCAUUAAUGCUUUAUAUAGAUUGUCAGAUGUUUUGCUCCUCAAAUCGGAUAAACGGGGCUGGUGCCCAUUUUGUGUCAUAUUGUAUGAUAGGGAAGAAAAGGCGACCUUGGUUGAUUUCAAGGACAACAUGAUCAAAGCUACCAAAUUUUUGAAGGAAAAAUCAAAACUCAGUGAAGAACAACUGAAAAAUGAAUAUAUGAGAAAAGAGGACUUGGAUUUAGCUGAAUAUUUUCAGCUUUGUAAAAAAAAAUUGAGGAAUAUUAGUACAACAGCCUACAAACGAAUUUUGAUAUUCAUCACAAAUGAUCCAGACCCGGUUUGCGGAGAUGCGUCUAAAAGAUUCACUGCUCUUCAAGAAGCCAAAAAUUUCGAAGGAAAUGACAUUACCUUUCAGCUAGUUGUCAACGAUGAAAAUUUUCAGUACAAAAUCUUUUAUAAUGAGCUAUUUUCUUUACUGGAUAAGCCAAGUCAAGAAAUAAUAUGCGAAGAUGAAGAAGGUUUAUUUGAAAAAUUGGUAACCACCAUCUGCUUCAGGCUCUCCCAGCGAAAACUCUGCUUUUAUCCAUUUGCCGAUGAUUCAACCAAGUACAUUACAAUCAUUAGAAAAAGUUACAUCAAGCAGGAUAGGCUCUUGAAUAACAGUUUCGUAGCAGAAGAUGGUACUCCGCUAAAAAGGAUUACCCGAACUACAUCCGAUCAAGAGAAUGUAACAGAAAUAAAACGGGUCUUUCAUAAUUUAAACACCAAAAAAAACUUUGAAGAAUUGGAAUUUGAUGUUCAUGAAAACAUGGGGGAGCACGACAGAUGCUUUCCCGUUGGUUUAACACUUUUAUAUGUAUGCCAUCGCUUGAGCGGAAUUGGAGAAGUCAUUAGUGAGCCCAGGAUUUUAGAGGCCGAUGCUAGUGAAAAGUUACCAUUUUUUGAUCAAUUUUGGCAAUAUUGUGUCCGGGAAAAUAAAGUGUUAGUAUGUGCUAGGGUAUUGAGGAGAGGUCAAUAUCCUGAGGCAGUUGAACUGAUUCCUAAGCUCAUACAUGGUAAUAAGGUUUAUUUAGAAAAACUUAUAGCAUACGCUGAUGAGAUCUUCGAACCUGAAAAAAGGAAGGAGGAAGAUGUAGCUGUUACCAUCACAGAAGAACAGAAACGCGUGACCGAUUCGCUGAUUCAACAAUUAACUUUUGAAUUCCAAAGCAGUUUCCUAAUAGAUGAGGCGCAUCUGAGAAAAGUGGAAUAUGUCAAAUCGAAGUUACUCGAUGAAGAGAGGAGAGACAUUCAAGCAAAGGAUCUUUUAACACCAGAAGAAAUCGAUGAAAAAUUAGGUCCUAUCGUGGAUGAAUUCCUCAGAUGUUUUCCGCCAGAGAGGGGAGUUAAGAGAAAGAAAUAAUAUGUUGUUUAUAUCUACGGUUUUUGGAAGAACAUAAU